ACCGCCCACUCGGAGCUAGAGGGGCUAGAGAGCGAGCUGCAGGCAGCAACUUAGCGGAGACCAGCCCGGCUGGGCGAGCGUACGGCCAUGGCCCCGUGGCUGCAGCUCUGCUCCUUCUUCUUCACUGUCAACGCCUGCCUCAACGGCUCGCAGCUGGCAGUGGCCGCGGGCGGCUCGGGCCGCGCGAGAGGCGCGGACACCUGUGGCUGGAGGGGAGUGGGGCCGGCCAGCAGAAACAGCGGGCUGUACAAUAUCACCUUCAGAUAUGACAACUGUACCACCUACUUGAGUCCCGUAGGGAAGCACAUGAUUGCCGAUGCUCAGAACAUCACCAUCAGCCAGUAUGCUUGCAAUGACCAAGUGGCAGUCACCAUUCUUUGGUCCCCAGGGGCCCUUGGCAUUGAAUUCCUUAAAGGAUUCCGAGUAAUCCUGGAGGAGCUGAGAUCUGAAGGAAGACAGUGCCAACAACUGAUUCUGAAGGACCCAAAACAACUCAACAGCAGCUUCAAAAGAACUGGAAUGGAAUCUCAGCCUUUCCUGAAUAUGAAAUUUGAAACGGAUUACUUUGUAAAGAUUGUCCCUUUCCCUUCCAUUAAAAACGAAAGCGAUUACCAUCCCUUCUUCUUCAGGACACGAGCCUGUGACCUCUUGUUACAACCUGAUAACUUGGCCUGUAAGCCCUUCUGGAAGCCUCGGAACCUGAAUAUCACCCAGUACGGUUCCGACAUGCAAGUCUCCUUCCACCACGCACCGCAGAACUUCGGCUUCCGUGGCUUCCAUGUUCACUAUAAACUCAAGCACGAAGGCCCCUUCAGACGGAGGACUUGCAGGCAGGACCAGAAUGCAGAGACCACCAGCUGCCUCCUUCAAAAUGUUUCUCCAGGGGAUUAUGUCAUUGAGCUGGUGGACGACAGCAACACCACCAGGAAGGCUGCUCAGUAUGUGGUGAAGCCAGUGCAGUCUCCCUGGGCUGGACCCAUCAGAGCUGUGGCCAUCACUGUGCCUCUGGUUGUCAUAUCCGCAUUCGCAACACUCUUCACUGUGAUGUGCAGAAAGAAGCAACAAGAAAAUAUAUAUUCACAUUUAGAUGAAGAAAGCCCUGAGUCCUCCACAUACGCUGCGGUUCUCCCCAGAGACAGGCUCCGGCCUCGGCCCAAGGUCUUCCUCUGCUACUCCAGUAAAGACGGCCAGAAUCACAUGAAUGUGGUCCAGUGUUUCGCCUACUUCCUACAGGAUUUCUGUGGCUGUGAGGUGGCUCUGGACCUGUGGGAAGAUUUCAGCCACUGCAUAGAGGGCCAGAGAGAAUGGGUCAUUCAGAAGAUCCAUGAGUCCCAGUUCAUCAUUGUCGUGUGCUCCAAAGGCAUGAAGUACUUUGUAGAUAAGAAGAGCUACAGACACAAAGGAGGCAGUCGUAGCAGCACGGGGCAAGGAGAGCUCUUCCUAGUGGCCGUGGCAGCCAUUGCUGAGAAGCUCCGUCAGGCCAAGCAGAGCUCAUCUGCGGCACUGAGCAAGUUCAUCGCCGUCUACUUUGAUUAUUCCUGUGAAGGGGAUGUCCCCUGUACCCUGGACCUGAGCACCAAAUACAAGCUCAUGGACAACCUUCCUGAGCUCUGUUCCCAUCUGCACUCAGGAGGACAGGAGGAGCUGGGCCAGCACCCAGGACACAGCAGCAGAAGGAACUACUUUCGGAGCAAAGCUGGCCGCUCCCUGUAUGUUGCCAUUUGUAACAUGCACCAGUUUAUUGAUGAAGAACCUGACUGGUUCGAGAAGCAGUUUAUACCCUUCCACCCUCCCCCUGUGCGCUACCAGGAGCCAGUCCUGGAGAAGUUUGACUCAGGUUUGGUUUUAAAUGAUGUCAUAAGCAAACCAGGGCCAGAGAGUGACUUCUGCCUAAAAGUUGAGGCUUCUAUACUUGGGGCCACUGGGCCAGCUGACUCUUACUCAUACCUGGAGAAUCAGCAUGCAGGCCUGGACCAAGACACUGAGGCCCAGCCCGCCUGUGAUGGUGGCCCUGCCUUGCAGCCCCUGUUGCAUGCAGUGAAAGCUGGCAGUCCUUCAGAUAUGCCACGGGACUCGGGCAUAUACGACUCCUCUGUGCCCUCAUCAGAGCUGUCUCUGCCUCUGAUGGAAGGACUCUCCCCUGAUCAGAUAGAAACGUCUUCCCUGACGGAGAGCGUCUCUUCCUCCUCUGGCCUAGGUGAGGAGGAUCCCCCUACCCUCCCUUCCAAGCUCCUUGCCUCUGGGGUGUCCAAAGGAGAACAUGGUUUCCACAGCUACACUGAUGAACUCCAAGCGGCUGCCCCUUUGUAAGAGCACGGAAGAACGUAAACGUCGUCACUUUAGCUGCCGUUCUCGCUGGUUCCCCAGCUCCUCUGGUCGUACAGCCUGCUUGGAGCUGAGGAGGGCUCGCACGAGGAUAUCUGGAAUGAAAUUCUGGCUAGCACUCAACCCGUUCUGCUCCAGCCUUCUAACAGAUACUUAGCGAGGUCUCCCGUUUCCCAGAAGCAUAUGGAACCCUGAAAAGGCAUGUCCAUUAGAUCUGACCACAGCUGUCCGCGUGAGGCCGGUCCUUGGAUCGGAGCCUAUUCUGAGGGGUAGAGCGGAAACAGGUAAAGAGAAACAGGACAGCACCCGCACAGCCUGCUCUGGCUUCUCUUGAACUCUGCAAACUCUAACUUGGCUACUUAAACUCAAAACAAUUUAUGGAAAAGCCCUCUUGACACUGUUACAUCUACCCGUGUCAAGUACCGUCGGGACCCGGGCUGUGCUGCAAGUGAUGUUUCUGUCCAUUUUGACGUGGAACUUACACUGUCCUGAGUGUUAAGGGAACUUUGAGUCCAAGGUCCAGACAAUGACUGAACGUCCAUCCAGUCACUUUUUGUGAAACAACUCCCUCUGUUACUGGGAAACAUGGCCGACCAGGACGGAAUCCUGUGGGUCCUGUGGAGCAGGCUGACCAUCUUGACUGUUCUACGUGAAAUGGGUUGAUGAGUAUGUCAGAACCUGGGCGUUUUCCCUGCGUUGAAGUAGCCGUCACGUGGGAGCCCCAGCCGUCUGUUUCGUUUCCCUGGGAUGCAUUUACUGCUUUACCGUAGCUCGGGUGGUGAUGGCUGGAAAUGGAGGCCUGGUGUCCAUUACCCAGCCGGGCAGCAACACUAUUGGAAUUUGUGGCUGGUGCUGUGUCUUGAGUGUUAGAGAGGUCAGAAUCCACUAAUACACGACAGGGCGCGGGAGACGGUGGCCAGUUAAUCUGCUGGUUUUGACAAGUGACAAACCUCCUUUGCAGAAGGCUGAAAGGAGGAGAUUUGUUACAAAAGUAAAUGCUCUAUUUUUUAUGAAUGAACCUUGUACAGACAUUCUGUUCCCAAAGGUAAAGCAUCUCUUCAUGUCCCGCAUGUUAAUGAGAUGUAUAUGAUGAUGUGUCCGUCCCCUCUACGGAAACCCUCGUCCCUCGCCCCGGCGCGCUUGGCGUGUGCAUCCUUCUCCACUGUUAUCAUGGCUGCUGCUGGGUUUUGGCAGCCUG